AUGGCCUCUGAAGAGCCAACAGUUCUCAUCAUAGGCGCCGGCACGUUUGGCGCAUCGACAGCAUACCACCUCAGCCAAACAUACCAAGACCCCUCACGCGUCACUUUGAUAGACCGCUGGGACCCCAACUCCCCUUUGCAGGACAAACAGGCUGCGGCGAUUGACACAAACCGAAUCAUCAGGACAGACUAUGAAUCCCACUUGUACUGCAAUGUUGCCAAUGAAGCCAUUCAUUUCUGGUUUUGGAAUAUUGCAGUCCAAGGACAUUUCCACAAGAAUGGCUGGAAGGUUUUGGAUUACAAAGAAAGUGGCUUUGGUGAUGCGGUGAAAAACACGUUCAAAGAGCGGGGAAGCAAUAUUACGAGUGAUUUUAGUUGCGAAGAGCUCCAGAAUUACGAUGUGUUGAAAGGAAUCAACAAGGAGGACUUUUCGCAGGGAUAUCAUAAUCCAGAGGCUGGGUGGUGCGAUGCAGAGAAAGCGACGACAAGUUUUACCAAGACAGCACUUGAGAUGGGCGUCAAGAGGGUGGUAGGGGAGGUCGGCGAGUUGCUACUGGAUCAAAGCCACUCGAAAUUGAAGGGGGUUCGGCUUGUGGACGGCAAGGUACUUGAGGCAGACCAAAUUAUUUUGGCAGCAGGCGCAUGGACGAGUGCACUGUUAUCUCCAGUGGAAGAUGUGUUGAAACUACAAGAGAAGGACAGGAUCGAACGACAAAUCACAGCCGUGGGGCGCCUAUCUGCUUACUACACGUUGAGUGAGCAAGAGACGCAGAGCAUCAUCGACGCGAAGAUGCCCGUUGUAGUCCUGGGCGGACUCGCCGACGUCAUUCCACCUUCACAACCCAAUCGAACACUGAAGAUCAACGAUUUGAGAACUGAGAUCGUGAAUACAGUACCCACAGCAUCGGGCCAUCGCAUCACUGUGCCGUCGCGCCGACACCAAACCGAUGUACCUCGGAAGCUGAUUGAGGAGAGUACGCGAGUCAUUCACGAAGCAAUGCCUGCAUGGAGCAAAUCGCGGACACCAAGUCGAUGGCGUAUAUGCUAUGAUGCUGUCACGCCGACUGAGGACUGGUUGAUGUGUCGACACCCAAAUGACAAGCUUAGUAACCUAUAUCUUGCUGUCGGGGGGAGCUUCCAUUCGUACAAAUUCUUGCCAGUUGCUGGAAGAUACAUGUUGAAUGUGUUAAAGGGAAAGAGCAACGGCGAAGAAAAAGAUCGAGCGUGGAGGUGGAAAAGCUCGCAAGAGCUAACGCAGAGAUCUGGAAAGGAAUUCGGUAAUAGUGCGAGGAACGGUCAGAGGAGAGAACUUAAAGACUAUGAAGAUGCGGAGAGAAGCUCGAAGCUAUAG